UUUUCCUCAAACAAUGUCGACACUCUCUCCUUAUUAUUCCCUUUCAUUUCUGAAUGUCUUUCCAUCGUCUCCUAUGCUCUGCUUGCUGCCCCCAUAUAUUACUGCUACCCAUUUAACACCAUCAUCUUAAAUGCUGUGUUUUCACACAUCUCUAUACCCUAUGUACGUGUAUUGUUCAUAGAUUCUUCAAUCCUCUUCUUCACUUUGAUUUGUCAUUCUAAAAAGCAACAGAAGUAUAGGAUACCCUUUUUUUUCCUUCCUCUUUUUAUCUCUCUCCCUCUCUAUAUAUUGCACCCACCAUUUGUUUUGCUUUAGAUUCUCGAUUCUCAUGUUCAUCUUUGAGGAUAUAUUGCCGCUGCUCCGCCUUGAUCGUUUGAGGUCGAAGAGUAGGCUUUUCCCAGAGUCCUUUUUGCAAACAAUAACCGAUUCAAUGAGCAACACGAGCUGCCAAUCCUCGGAGCUAGAGAUUUGCCGUGACGAAUCAGCGGCGUUGAAGUUAAAGCUGAUAGCUAUAGCCUCAAUCCUCCUCGCCGGUGUGGCCGGGGUCGCUAUUCCACUCAUCGGGAAGCACCGUAAGUUCCUCCGUACAGAUGGGAGCCUCUUUGUCGCCGCUAAGGCCUUUGCUGCCGGCGUGAUUCUGGCCACGGGCUUCGUCCACAUGCUCGCCGGUGGUACCGAAGCUCUCACAAAUCCUUGCUUGCCGGAAUACCCUUGGUCCAAAUUCCCAUUCCCGGGCUUCUUCGCCAUGGUUGCCUCUUUGGUUACUUUGCUUGUUGAUUUCGUGGGGACUCAGUAUUAUGAGAGGAAUCAAGGUUUGGCUAAAGCAAGUACUGAAGAACAGGUUCGAGUGGGUUCGUUAGACCCGGAUUCAGACUCUGGGAUUGUACUAGUUGUGGAAACCAAGGAUGGGAAUGGGAAGGUUUUUGGGGAAGAGGAAGGUGGGGGAAUGCACAUCGUUGGGAUGCAUGCGCAUGCAGCACAUCAUAGGCACAGUCAUCCACAUGGACAAGAUGGCUGUGAUGGCUUAUUGAGGAGUCGUGCACAUGAUCAUGGUCAUGAUGAUGGACAUGGGCAUGAGCAUGGAGGUGAGGAUGAUGAUAGUGACGUGAGGCAUGUCGUUGUUUCCCAGAUUUUGGAGCUUGGAAUUGUAUCACACUCGGUCAUCAUUGGCCUAUCAUUGGGUGUUUCCCUGAGUCCAUGCACAAUAAGGCCUCUAAUUGCAGCACUAUCAUUUCAUCAAUUCUUUGAAGGGUUUGCACUCGGAGGGUGCAUCUCCCAAGCUCAAUUCAAAACCCUAUCAGCCACAAUCAUGGCCUGUUUUUUCGCCAUAACAACCCCAGCUGGAAUUGGCAUAGGGAUCGCCAUCGCAUCGUUCUACAAUCAUUACAGCCCAGCAGCUCUGAUUAUUGAAGGAGUCCUAGAUUCUUUAUCCGCUGGAAUUCUAGUUUACAUGGCAUUAGUAGAUCUCAUUGCUGCAGAUUUUUUAAGUAAGAGGAUGAGCUGCAAUUUUAGACUUCAAGUAGUAUCUUACUUCAUGCUCUUCCUAGGAGCUGGUUUAAUGGCUUCCCUUGCCAUCUGGGCCUAAAAACUUCACUACUGUUGGUUUUGUUAGUUCUUUUAUUUUGGCAUUUAUUUUUGGGAAUUCAAUCACAAACCAUAGAACCCUUUUCUUUGUUCUUUCCUUCCACAAUGGAAAGGAGGAAGGCUGCUGAAAAAAGAAAUAUGUUGUAAGCUUAUCCUGAUGAUAUAGUACUGGUCAAGCUCCACACCUUUUUCUCCUGUUGUAAAACAUGCAAUUCUAUAUACAUAUAUAUGUGGUGACAAUAACAAGCCAAAAUUCAAUGGUAUUGAUGGUUCAAUCUUUGCAAGAA